AUGGCUGAGGCAGCACCGCCGACCGGAAUGGGAACCCGCCAGCUGCGCGAGUGGAUUCAGGAAUGGGGCAGUGUUUGGGACUUCCUCGGCCUGGCCCCUGGCAGCGCUAUGAGUGAGGUCCUCCGCGCCUACAAGCGCACGGCGAUCCGCCUCCACCCGGAUAAAAGCCCUCCGGAUGAGGUCGAAAUGGCCACUGUGCGCAUGCAGGCUUUGGGGAAUGCCAAGGAGAUCCUCCUCAACCCGAGUCUACGAGUUCUCCAUGACAACUUGCUGGGCGUGGGUGUCACCGGCGGAACAGCCCCUCCUCCCUCGAGUGCUGCGCCGGAUGGUGGCUCUGGUGGUACCGCCCCUCACCAUGGCUGGUGGAAUCAGGCGCCUCCGCCGAAAGCCCCGCCGACUAGCUCGAGUUCCUCGGCUCCCCCUCCUUCGAGUAAGAGCGCUGGAAAGGCGCCACCGCCAUAUGGACGGGGACCCGGCCCGAGCACCUCGGCACGAGGCACCUCAAAGGGAAAAAGCAGAGGCCGAUGGGGUACCCCCUUCUACGACACCAGCAGUGAGGAGUUCUCCAGUGCGGGCCCCGACACCGAGUCCUCAGGCCCGGAGAUCGACCAGCACCCGCGGAUUCGCUGCGGGCGGGUGCGGCUGGGUGAGACAGCAUCGGCGAUGGAGACAUGGGGGGGCGAUUUAGUAAAGGACCUGCUGGUGAUGGAGAACCUCCGCGUGGACCUCAGUUUAGUGGAUAUGGUCCGCCCCGAGCCAACCCGUGGGAGCGGGCAAAGAAGGCCCCGCCUCCUCCACCUCCGAGCUCGAGCAGCUCUGGUCCAGGUGCCGCACAUCCACCUGGAGGAGAUCAAGGUUUCUGGACCUGCAGCAGGUGUGGUUGCCUUCGACCUGGGUCGAGAACUACUGCUCGCUAUGUGCCAUUCCACGGCCUACCUACAAGGCCCCACCAAAGGCACGCCCGAGCAGUCCGUCAUCGGCCCCUCCGCCCAAGAAGGCUGCUCCAGCCCCAAAGCUGUGCCAGGCACCCGGGCACCCUUAAAGGGGAAGAUUCCUACCAAGGCGCCACCGCCCUCCACCUUCAACAAUGCUAUGAGGUGGAUCUGCGGAGGCUGUGGGGAACCGAACGGCCUUCACCGCUAUGGAUGCAACGGGUGUGGCCGCUCGCAGCACGCAGCAGGGAAUGUCCAGGAGAGAGCCACGCAUUGGAUAUGCCCUGACUGCCAGGAGGAGGAUGCGGAUGUUGGCGGCCGAGGCAUGGAGAGCUCCUCAACAAUGGCGCCUCACCGGAUGAUCUGCUGGUGCACCCGAGGGCGUCUACAGCCCCAGUGGUGCUCAAUCGAUGGCGGCCCAGGCCUUGCCGUGGCCCAGGAGGCCCACAGUGGUAAAGCAUCCGCGAAAGCUUGGGAGGCGUACCACACAGGAGCGUGUACUGGAGGUCCUCCGCCUGGCUUGGACAGAGAUGAGCAAAUGGAGGGUGAGCAGCAGGCGCCACCGCCCCCGGCUGCGGCAGCCACGCCACCCCCACCGAUGCCGUUCCGCCCCCUACAACUGGUGGGCUACAACCUGGGCCCUACAGAGGAGAAUCGUCCCAUGGCGAUUGUGGCCCCGAACGGAGAAGCCUUGUGGUUUACGGUGAGGGACCUCGACGAGACGACCCCCCGGUUGGUCCUGCCUUGGACCGUCUUUCAGCACGUCCUCAUGUGUCGCAGGGCCCUUUGCGGACUGCAAUCCUGGGGCCGUGUGGGAGUUAUCUUCAUCCGGCGGGUUGCUCAAGAUAUCCUUUACUGGGUGCGCAGAAAGGGCUACCUGACUCGGAUCCAGCUGGCCAACAGUGGCAAUCCCUGUUUCGUGGACUUGCAGGAGGCACAUCCAGAACCUCAAGGUGACCUACCGCCCCUCAGCCCCGCUACGGGAAACCACCGGCCGCUUUUCACUUUCCAAGACUACCUGCGGAACCCCAGCCUUGGGCAGCACUACAGGAACAACGAAGGGCCACCGCGACCGGGUCGUACCGCCCUUCCCUGCAUUUAUACGGCCCCGAGUCGCCAGCUCCCUUUGGCAGAGUCUUACGCGGAGGCUGACCGGGCCCAGAACGUGAUGGGACGUUGGGCCAUGCAGAUCUUGGGUGACGAGCCGGCUGUUCCGCCAGAUGAUGGCGCUCCGCCAGCUCAUGAAGGGAAGGGUGGUUCCACCCCAAGUGCAGCUUCCAGCAGCAGGGGUACAGGGAACACCUUCAAGAGAGUCACCCAUUGGUACUGCAAAAGGUGCUCCUAUGGUGUGCCUAUUACUCGCACCAUUUGCACCAUGUGCCAGCGAUCCAAGGAGGAAUGUGUGGUGUCCGAUGAGGAGGAGGAAGAUGACGAGGUUGACCUCAACGAGGAAGAGCUCGAGGAGGUCGCCCGUCUCGAACGUGAAUGUGCGGAGCUGGAGCAGAGGAUGCGAGGCCUUAACGCCGGCCAACAAAGGGCACUCCUUGAGAACCUCGCGAAGAGCUCGAGUGCAGUGAUGGGAGGCUUACUAGCCGACACCAUCAGGCGCACCGCCCAGCUGCGAGGCCAAAAGGGCAAGGGAGGCACCAGCAACGUCAAGGUAAGAGCCACUGCUGAGACCGCCCGGAACGACCCCAAGUACGUCGAGGACUUGGACGCGGGGGUUUCCAUGGCGGUGGCUUUCCAACGACAUCGCUCCCGCCUGCGAGCGGUGCAGCACCAGGUGGCCCAGGGCAAUGUGGCGCUACAGCCCAGAGCUACUCCCUUGCAGACUGUGAGGACGCUACCGCCCAUGAUGAGUCUAGGCCGCUCUCACCGCCUGUACCUCCUCAACAGGCUGGAGCGACUAGAACGGCGGGGGGUCACAUGGACCCAAGAGGAGGUGAGGAAUUGCUACACCAUGGAGCAAUUCCUCGACUAUUUGGAAGCGAGGGCUGACGCAGAGGCGGAAAGAGCCGAACCCACAACGGCAUCCAAAUCUGCGGGCGCUCCGCCCUCUACUGGCGCACCGCCUCCCUCGGACCCUACAUCGAGUACUUCGCCGGGGACCUCCUCUGCGCCUUCGGGUACCACGGCAGAUGGGCGGCCAGGACCUCCUCCGCCUCGACCCGAUCCUGCAGAAGAGCAUGAAGCAGGGCGGCCAGUUGAUCCAGAUCAGGGCCACGAUCAGCCGGGAGCUCACCCCUCGACCCCUUCGGCAACGUCUGAGAGAGGUGAGGCUGCAGGUGAUACCGCCCCAGCCGAGAGCGACCUUCCCGCUGAUGACUCAGCACGGCGGUCCGCUGUGGAUGGUUUCCACCUUUAG